AUGACGACACAAACACGUCACUGUGAGGAGACUGAGACAGUGACGACACGAACUCGUCACCGAGAGGAGACUGUGACGGUGACGACACGGACACGUCACCGAGAGGAGACUGUGACGGUGACGACACGGACACGUCACCGAGAGGAGACUGUGACGGUGACGACACAGACGCGUCAUCGAGAGGAGACUGUGACGGUGACGACACGGACUCGUCACCGAGAUGAGACAGUGACGACACGGACACGUCACCGAGAGGAGACUGUGACGGUGACUACACGGACACGUCACCGAGAGGAGAUUGUGGCGGUGACGACAAGGACACGUCACCGAGAUGAGACUGUGACGAAACGGACACGUCACCGAGAGGACACUGUGACGGUAACGACACGAACACGUCACCGAGAGGACACUGUGACGGUGACGACACGGACACGUCACCGAGUUGAGAUUGUGGCGGUGACGACACGGACACGUCACCGAGAGGAGAUUGUGGCGGUGACGACACGGACACGUCACCGAGAGGAGACUGUGACGACACGGACACGUCACCGAGAGGAGACUGUGACGACACGGACACGUCACCGAGAGGAGACAGUGACGACACGGACACGUCACCGAGAGGAGACUGUGACGGUGACGACACGGACACGUCACCGAGAAGAGACUGAGACUGUGAUGACACGGACACGUCACCGAGAGGAGACUGUGACGGUGACGACACGGACACGUCACCGUGAGGAGACUGUGACGGUGACGACACGGACACGUCACCGAGAGGAGUCUGAGACUGUGACGACACGGACACGUCACCGAGAGGAGACUGUGACGACACGGACACGUCACCGAGAGGAGACUGUGACGGUGACGACACGGACACGUCACCGUGAGGAGACUGUGACGACACGGACACGUCACCGAGAGGAGACUGUGACGACACGGACACGUCACCGAGAGGAGACUGUGACGGUGACGACACGGACACGUCACCGUGAGGAGACUGUGACGGUGACGACACGGACACGUCACCGAGAGGAGACUGAGACUGUGACGACACGGACACGUCACCGAGAGGAGACUGUGACGACACGGACACGUCACCGAGAGGAGACUGUGACGGUGACGACAUGGACACGUCACCGAGAGAAGACUGUGACGGUGACGACACGAACACGUUACCGAGAGGAGACUGAGACUGUGACGACACGGACACGUGACCGAGAGAAGACUGUGACGGUGACAACACGAACACGUGACCGAGAGAAGACUGAGGCAAUCCAGAUACAGUCGCUGAUCGAUCCUAUUCUUACUUUUGAUCUUAGUCAGCCCCCAAUCAGACCCUGA